AUGGGAUCAGCUGUACCGUCAGUGUUUAACAUUCCAUUUUCUCACGCUGCCCCGUUCCUCGCGUACAUCACUAUUGCUAACACAGGCUACUAUAGCUCCAUCAAUCUGGUUACCAUAGUUUCCUUGGAGCGAUACCUCGCCCUCUGCCAUCCCAUGAAACAUCUCAGAAUGCGAGGGCGAAGUCGAACCUACAAAAUGAUUGCGAUCUGCUGGCUGUUGGCAUUUCUCUUCGCUAUUCCAAUCUCGUUAACGAUGGCAGUUUUCAUAGUAAUGUGUUUGCAAUGGCCUGAGGAUGACACGUACCAAGAAUUUCCAUCGACGAUUGUAACUCACGCUGCGAUAACUCCUUGGCUGUACAAGUGUGUCCCACCGCUGAUGAAUCUGCCUUGGAUAAUAUGCAUGCUGUCCAGCAUUUACAUGUAUGUACGGAUCUUACAGGCACUCAACAAGCGCGGAGAUGAAAGCAGUGUUACCAGAAACGAUCCAAAUGCUGCUCACAUCCGAAACCAAGUUGCCAAAAUGCUAAUUGUUAAUGGCACGGUGUUCUUUUUAUGCCAAGUCCCGUAUCGUAUCAUCACCCUAAGUGCCUGGAUCUGUUGGAUGGCUAACAUUCCCGAUCCCAUAUAUGCCGCAUUAGGAACCAGUGCAGAUUUGGUAUCCCAAGUCCCUCAGUACAUCAACGGGAUGAUUAAUCCACUGAUUUACGGUGCCAUUAACAAACAGUACCGAGUUGCCUUCAUCGAGGCAUUCCGCUGCCUAACUCAUCCUGGAAGAGACAACGCCUCUCUUCCAUCAGUGAGCACUACAGUACAAAGCCCAACACGGACGAUCAGCAAAAACUCUGACACCGAACUUUGA